AUGACCCACAAUUCCCUCUAUCAUCAUGGCCGACCUGAGUCGGGAAAUUUUUCAUCUGCGCUGAAUUUCUCCGAUUCUUGCGAGAAAACGGCGACCAUGGAGCGCCUGAAGCUGAAAGACCGCAUCCUGGACAACAUCGCUCGAGCUGUGAAGGGGAUCCAAGACCUUCAAGCCUGUAAGGGGGACCCUGAAACUGCCUCUCCACUGACCAAUCAGGACAGAGAGAUCCAGGCCCUAUGUGAGCACCUGGACCACGCCUUCCUGCAUGGGUUGCGUAACGUGACGAAGGGUUACUGGGUGGUUGUUCCACACUUCACACGGAAGGAUGCCAUCAAACAGAUCCUGGGGAUGGGCAACGUCACCACUGACCUGGGCAGAGGCCGGGCCUGGCUGUACCUGGCACUGAAUGAGAACGCCCUGGAGAGUUACCUGCGAGUCUUCCAGGAAAACUCCCAACUGGUCAGGAAAUACUACGUCAGACAUGCCCUACUGAGGGAUGAACAGAGACUGCUAGUGAUGACUACACUGGCCUCAGGACUGGAGUACCUCAAGUUUGAGCUGGAUGUGGAUGUUCCGUACCUGGACCUGACCAGCUCGCUGCCCCUGAGUCGAGACGAGCGGUACAGCGAGUACGACGAUGAUCGGAUUUCCCAGCAGAGUCUGGACGCCGUCUCCACCGCCUCCAGCGCCAGCAGUUACACCACGGGGUCAGGGUUCACCACGGGGUCGGAGUUCACCACCCCGGGCUCCGACAGCGCCAUCUGCGUACGAUCCGAGUUCGUUGACAUAGAGUACGUCGCGCCGGGUGCCUCUGUCGAGGGCGCACUUCCCAACGGACCGACCAGAAAAGAAAAAACGCCAGAGAAAGCGCAGAGGCCAGAAACGCUGGAGCGAACCUUUAGAAUUUCGCGAAUCUCGGACCCCGGGGCGACUCCGAAAGCGUCAUCGGACUCGGGCGGUCUGGAGGUUAUUCGUAAGAAAACCAAGAAGGGUGGGAAGAAGAAGAAGGCUGUUGCUAAGCAACAGGACGCGACUCCGAGCCCGACAGCUUCGGAGGAGUCGAGUCGAGCGAGUAGCAGCAGUGGGAUAGAUGUACAGAACACGGGGGAGGGGCAAUCUGUAUCAAACAACGAGGGAAGAAAUGAAGGACUAGAGGAAAAUCGUAGUAGUGCGAAAAUGGAAGCUACAGAACAGAGUACAGGAACGAAUGAAGUGUCAAGAGAGGUUACAGGCCCUGCAGGUCAGGGUUCAAACCAAGGGGGGCAGGGAGAGAGCAGGGGGGGUACAGAAGGGGGUGCACAGGGGGGACACCCCCCUCAGCAAAACGUACAAGCACAGGCAGCUGGCUUCGUGAACGAUCUCGAGCUUCUGCUGACGAACAACAACGAAGACCUGAACUCGAACCCUACCAACUGCACGGACCAGACGUGCCACGCGCACACGUACGGUCUCCCACCGCCCAACCCACCUCCGGCCGUCAUGGCAACUGGGAACGAAGAAAACAACAUCGAAGACGACGACGUAGAUCUCCAGGGAAACUUCUCCCACAGCCCCGUCUUCUCCUCACUCCCGAACGAAGUCCCUCUCAGCGAGGAGAUCGCGGAAGCGGAGAGACUGCGCCGGCAGCAGUACGAUGAUGAGGAAGACGAUGAUUCGGUGACGCUGGGAAGCUCGUACCAGAGCGACGCGGGGAGUUACUCCGGCAGUGACAACAUGGAGUACAGAACUGGUCUGGGGAAGGACAGCAGUCCGCGGGGCAGUCAGGGGUCACCUCGCCCGCAGCGCCCGGCGCGACUAAACCCGUUUGAUCGGGACAGUCCUCGCAGGGGGAGGGGGGCAGACCAGAGGGAUGGACAGAAGGAAAGAGACUGGGAGGAGAAGAAUGGAGACACGGAAAAAGAGGAGGAGGAGAACCUGGUGAUGAAGAGGACAACACCGGACUCUCACGAUGCUGAUGUCAAAGUGGACAACAACACUCUUCUGUUCCUGAUGUUAGAGGUCUUCAAGGAGGAAGGAGAGCAGUUCUCUAAGAUGUUCCGUAUGUCCACGGGUCACAUGGAGGGAGACCUGCACAGUGUCUACGUCUUAAUCACCGACUUCUGCAUGUACCUUCUUAGGAAAGGCUCAGGAGACCAACAGUUUGAGUGUGAAGAUGCCAUCAGACACAAUGACCUGGACUACAUCUCUAUCUCCCUGAACCACCAGUAUGUACAGAUAGUGUGUACCAACAGGAGGAAACAGUUCUGGGUGGAUACAGGGGACGAGCUACUUACAAGAAUGUUUGUGACCCAUCUCCAUGCUGCGAUGAGUACCGGGUUCCGUAUUGAGCCGUUUCCCGCGGUCCUGACUGACGCCACCACGCAGAAAAUUGCUCUCCGGAAAUGGGCAGCCAAGGAGGCCAAGUGCAAUACAUCAGAUAUUGACCUGUUGCUGUACACGUUGGUGCACUGGUGGGACCCUCAGGACUUUGCCCUGACACCGUCAGACUCUGGCCAGCCCUCCUCACUACGAGACGGCAUCACUAAGGACGGAGUCCUGCUGUACAAGGCAGCAACAGGAUACCUGAGGGGGACCACUUGGAAAUCUGGAUUCUUCCUGCUCAGUAAUGGAAUGCUGUACCAGUAUGGCCAGAGAUCUGACGUGGUGCCACAGAUGUCCAUACAACUCACAGGACCUGACUGUAACGGGUGUCGGAGGAUCAACGCUGGCGAGAAGCUCCACUCCUUCGAGAUCCUGCUGACGGACCGCGCCUCGCUGGAGCUGGCCGCGACCUCUGACCUGGAGGUGCAGGAGUGGCUGCAGGCGCUGUGUCAGGCCGUGUCACAGGGGGUACCAGAGAAAGGAGAGCCACCCUCGUCUGUUGUUCCCUGUUGCUUGGCCCUUACCAGUCUAAAGCUGUUUGCCUGCCACGAGGAUUGUCAGACGAGUUUCUUCCGCAGCCUGGGAAGUGUCGGGCUGAAGGACAUCUCUGGUCUCAGUGUGGAUGAGGAGAUCGACUACUACUGUAUUGUGGAACUUGAUGAUGAGCAGGAUCCGUGGGUUCUGUACUUCAACUGUACCCACGAGCAGCGCAAGUUCAUCCACGUGCUACAGGAGGCCUGGAGUGAACUGUUUCAAGUUGACCUCCCGGUGACCCCUCUAGAAGAUGACAUCAGGAGAAGAAAAUGUCGAGAGGGGCUUGUGUCUGUACAGAAGAACCGCCGCUAAAAAUCCUCAGCUCCAAAAUGACGUUUUGUCCUAUGCUGCAACUUACUAAUGUUAAUCUUUUAUACCAGCUAAGAUUACACCUCUUCAGGAGUAUGGACUGGUCCCUGUGGCCAACUGUUGGAUGGAAAAGUUCUAGUUGGGUUUCAAACAGCCAUGCUGUUAAAAAAUCUGACAAAUGUCACCCAGAGGUUGCCAUAGCAAAACAUGGGAAUAAUACAAAGACUAACAAAUCUGUGCAAUUCUAAGGCAUGAGCCGCCUUACAAUGCAGUAUUGGAGAUGAUGAGACAAGACUUAUGGAAGGUUUUAAAAGCACAAGGUUUUCAGCACCAGGGACAGGAUUAUAAUCUAAUACCAGUAAUGGUAGCUUUGACAAAAUCUAAAGUUUAGUUCGAGCUUACUGCCUGUUUUCUUG